AUGCUGCAGCAAUUUUUGGCUGGAAAGCUUCCUUGUCUCCCUGGUGAACUAGCAACAUAUAAUGAUUGGGAGAAUCAUCUGACUACAAUAUUCCCUGAGGUUCGGUUAAAGAGAUACUUGGAGAUGAGAGGUGCUGAUGGAGGUCCAUGGAGGAGAUUGUGCGCCCUUCCAGCUUUCUGGGUGGGUCUGUUAUAUGAUGAGGACAUUCUCCAAGCUAUUUUGGAUCUGACAGCUGACUGGACUCCAGCAGAAAGAGAGAUGCUAAGGAACAAAGUACCAGUAACUGGUUUGAAGACACCGUUUAGAGAUGGGUUGUUGAAGCAUGUCGCUGAAGACGUUCUGAAACUCGCAAAGGAUGGUUUAGAGCGUAGAGGCUACAAGGAAGCAGGUUUCUUGAACGCUGUUGCUGAAGUAGUCAGAACAGGAGUUACACCGGCGGAGAAUCUGUUGGAAAUGUACAAUGGAGAAUGGGGAAAAAGCGUAGAUCCUGUGUUUCAGGAACUUCUAUACUAAGAAUGAGACGAGAACAAAAGGGUUCCCAACCCUUAAGGUGUGAGGUUAUUCUAUCUGAAGCACUCAAGACUCGAGAAUAAGGUUUCUUUUUUAAUGGAAUGUUGUAUAAUCGGAUUUGAAAACUGAUGUUGUUUAUUUAGAGAUUCGAAGCUUGUAUAAAAUGC